CACGCUGGGUCACAUGACUCGCCGUUGAGCGCCCUCAUUCUGCUGUGAAGGGACGUAACCUCGGGUCCUGCGGGAGAAACUCCGAAACUUACGAAUCGCGCUGUCAGUGUCGCGUUUUCUCCCGUUCCAGCGCGUCAGAUAAGCGCCGCUCGGCCGCUUGAGCUCGGGGAGAGCCCCGCGGAAGCGAUCGAUCAUGCCGGUCCGUACCGCCUGCUGUCAGGGUUCGCCGCUGGCCUGCUUGGCCUCGGCCUCUCUCGUUCCGCCCCCGCCGAUAAACACCCAGCAGCCCGGCGUCCACACCUCUCUGCUCUACAGCGGCUCCCAGUUCCGCGGCUACCAGAAGAGCAAAGGGAACUCCUAUGAUGUCGAGGUAGUUCUGCAGCAUGUGACCAUGGAGGACUCAUACCUGUGUGGAUACCUCAAGAUCAAAGGUUUGACAGAGGAAUAUCCCACGCUUACUACAUUCUUCGCUGGGGAGAUCAUAAGCAAGAAACGGCCUUUUUUAACCAGGAAAUGGGACGCGGACGAGGAUGUCGACCGAAAACACUGGGGGAAGUUUCAAGCAUUUUAUCAGUAUGCAAAAAGCUUUAAUUCGGAUGACUUCGACUAUGAAGAACUACAGAACAGCGACUACGUCUUCAUGCGGUGGAAGGAACAGUUCCUAGUUCCAGAUCACACAAUCAAAGACAUCAGCGGUGCUUCCUUCGCCGGCUUCUACUACAUCUGUUUCCAGAAGUCUACAGCCACCAUAGAGGGCUACUACUACCACAGAAGCUCAGAAUGGUAUCAGUCUUUGAACCUCACACACGUCCCUGAACACAGCGCACCCAUCUACGAGUUCCGGUGACGCUGAAGUCCUGGAGGUGAAUCUACAGCGGACAGAGGAAGUGAUAGGAGAGAACGAGAGGAACUGUCUAAUGAUCACGCCCAGGACUCGGCUGUCCUCUCCGCUCAGUGAAAGAAUAACUGGAGGAAUGAGGGAGGAAGGAACUCUUUCAGGAGACUCUCUACACGAGCCGAGCGAGCGAGCGAGUGGGAUUCGGGGAUUCGCAGCAGUGUUAGCGUUUUGUUUUUCCUUUUAUGUUUCUAUGUUUUUAACGCAUCUGUUUUCCGAUCAUCCUAGAAAACUAUUUUCGUUGCCCUGCCUGGAUGGAAGAGCCAAUGGGGAUAUUUUUCUCUUUUUUUUUUCGCCUUGUAAUUUGAUAAAAGAGCAUGGCCGAUCUAGAAGUUUUGAAAUCUGUUUUAAUUUAUUUUUAAUCGUUCUGUUUGAAAAGACUGUGAGUGGGACACUGUAUGCAGACACUGGGACUUCUGUUGAAGACGUAUUAAAGAUACAGUGUGCGAUAUGAUGGAUAUGGAGAGUUGCUAUUGUCUGCGGCUUGCUUGGCCCCCAGACACUGUUUUUUUUUUAUUAACGUAAGGUGUAUCAUCAAAAGUCACAUAUAUAGCAGCUGGGUCCUUUGCGUCUACGUGUGAUAUAUUUUUUAUUAUGAGAUGGAGUCAGGUGUUUUGGAAAGAGUUAUAUAUAUAUAUAUUAUCCCAUGGGGGUAAAGCUAUUUGUAAAGCUGCUUUGGAUGAAACAUUUCUUUCUGAGUUUGGGGAAAAAAACUAAAUCUGUGGGUAGUUUUACGCUCCUUGUUUUGCUAUGCAACCUGAAAAAUCUCAGCUUAUAAGAAUCUCAAGUAUAUGGAAGCCUGUUUCCACCACGCAAUGUGAACAUGAAGGCAAAUUGACUUCUUGUUUUAUUUAUUAUGCAAUUCUUAAUUUAUUUCAGGCAAAUCUGAGUGUAUAUCUUGGAAUUUUUAGUUAAAGCUGCAGUCUGUAACUUUUGGCGCUCUAGCGGUUAAUAAACAGAACUGCGUGAGUCUUGCUGAAGAACAUUGUAGCUGGAGUUACUUCUCUCUGUUUAUGUCUGAGGCGAAUCACGCAGGUACUGGGCUACUACCCAAACCAGUCUUAAUAGUCCGAAUAUAAACACUUAUUAUAGGUGUACCGUAGUGAUUCAAGACGAGCCAAAAACAUGGUUUGGAAAAUGAAUUCUUGGUUUACUCGCUUAUUAUAUAAAUUUUGAACACAAAAAAAGUCACGGACUGCAGCUUAAACAUCUCACAAUUCAGACUUUUAUCUUGCGAUUCUUAUUUUAUUUUUUUAUUUUUUUCCAGAUUUAAAAUCUUGCCAUUCAAAUUUUUGUCCUUGGAAAUUCAAGUUUAUAUCCCCUCGAAUUUUUACCUCAGAAUUUCAGGAAAGAAAAAGUCUGGAUUUUUUUCUUGGAAUUCUAAGCCUGUAUUUCGCACUUCUUGACAAUCUUUCAAAUGACCUUUUUGAAUUUUGGAAGUUUAUAUCUCGCAAUUUUGACAUUUCCAGUCCUGUAUCUUACAAUUGUGACUUUUAUUUGUCAUUUUUUUCUUGGAAUUCAGAGUUAACGUUAACAUCUUGCAAUUAGGUUUCUUUCCUUGUAAAUUCAAUAUUAUAUCAUACAGCUUUGACUUUUUCCUCAGAAUUUAAAAUUUAUUUCUCAGAAUUUCAGGAAAGUAAAAAGUAAUUUUUUUUUUCCAUCUCGCAAUUCUGAUUUAUUUUUGUCCCAGAUUUUGGAGUUUAUAUCUUGCAGUUUUGACUUUAUCUCGGAACUCAAAGUUAACAUCUUGCAAUUCAAAUUUUUUUCCUCAGAAUUUCACAUUUAUAUCUCAAAAUUCCAGAAUUUCUUCUUGGAAUUCCGAGUGUGUAUCUCGCAAGUCUGAUUUUUUUUUUUUUUUUUUUUUCAUUGAAUGUUAAAUUUACAUCUUGCAAUUCUACAUUUGUUUCCCGGAAAUCUAAAUUAACAUCUCAUAAUUUUGACUUUUUCUUUGAGUUAAUAAAAAGUUUGAACUGAGAGAAAUAAAGUCAGAGUUGUUAAAAAAAUUCACAAUUAACUUUAUUAUUAUUAUUCUGAGGUGGAACCAGGCUUCCUUACAAGUCUCUUUAGGUUUGAGAAUAAUAACUUCUCACUUGUUCACUUUAAUAUUGACAGCUCAGAGAGUAUUGAGUGGUAUUGGCACCAAUGUCACGCGGCGUGUCGGAACGCAAGAAGCGUAUCGUGACUUUCAGACUUUGCCGAAGAUGUCAUGAUGAAUAAGCAAAUGUUUAUAUUGGAGGGCUCAGGAAGACUUUUCAAAGAAAACAGUCCAGAUGGUGGACAACACUGUUAAUUUAAAACUACCCAUCAGCCUCGAGGCGCAAUUUUUGUCUGAUGUUUCAGCAGCUACGGCGGUGCUGAAAUAUUCGGAGACUCAUUUAUGAUACAAAACCCAGAUGCGUCCAAUUAAGCUUUAGUCAAACCCUUUGCCUUAAAAGUCAAAGAUUUGUCUUUAAACCACUUUUAUAAUCAUUAGUUUUAAGCUCUGUACAGAAAGAAUGUGAGAGUUACGAAAAAGCGUUUGAGAUGAAAGAUCACUGUACCUCAUCCACCAAAACCUCUUUGUUGGAUUUGUAGACUAGCAAGUGUUUAACCACACGUUCACGCCACAUUUCAACCUAGCUAUGUUGAGAUCUCCUAAUGACAUUUUGUACAUAGAAUUGAUUAGUUUUAUUUUGGCCAUGCCAUGGCCAAAUUCUUCUAAUGCUGCACAUUAACUCACAUGCAAAAUGUCUAAAACACACGCAGUAAAUUGACGUGUAAAUUUGACAUCUUUUCCUGUUUGAGUUCUUUUGUUGUCCUUAAAAACCAGAAAUGUGGUCCGAGAGAAGUGUUUAUGAAGACGUAAGAUGUUUGAUUGCUGCGCCUAAUACUCUGUUUCCUUUAGGUCAAGGUUUAUUUAAAGAAAUGCUAAGCAAAUGAAAGGUCACUGCACAUGAUGUUACAGUACAGGAGGAGGGGAUGUACAUAACAGGGCUGUUUGUGGUGUACACAAAUGAUUUCAUUCUCUAUAACUAUGAGUGAUCUUUUUAUUGGCACAAAAGGAUAAGAAAAUAAAGACUAUUGAUCCGGA